CGUAAGCAGAUCCGCGUGUUUAUAAUCGUCAGUAAUCGCAAGAUAUCUCUCUUGCUUCCGGUUUUCGUCGCACUUAUAUUUAUAUGACUUCACAUCGAGUCAUUAGAGUUGAGCCAAGCUGAUUAGAACGUAGGACACGCGGCGUUUAGCGUUAAACAUAAUCGAACGGUAUACGGAUUAUGUGUUUUAGUUUUAACUCUCUCGACCAAUCUUGACGCAGUCGCGUGAGUUAACAGGAUCAGUCAGACAGGUGCGCACGCGAUCUCGUUUGCAUCGACGUCGUUGAGGAUCCAAUUAGGCCGUCUCAUCUCGCCGGGGAGUCGAUGCUAGACGAGGUAACGCAGCAUGGAAAGCGCGGAGCAACCAAGUAACGAGCAGAAACCGAAAGACAGGUUAGUCGGUCUGCUGGAUCACAUCGAGGCCCAUGUAGAGCAACUGCGAAAGGAUGCCGCCAGGCUCAUGGAAGAAAAAGAUGGUCUGCUGACGACCUUGGACACCCUCAGGAAUAACGAUUUGCUCUUCUCCCUCGAGGAACCUGAUAGAGAUGAUAUCUUGAGGUAUGCGGAUAGAUUAUCCAUGCGCUGUUCCACUGUAGAUGUAUUAGUCACAGUUCAACGAGAUCAUGUUCAACAGGAAGCAUUACAUCAGGUUAAUGGCCUGAUUGAUAGCUUAGUCGUAGGCUUGCGACAAGAUCCAAAUGGCACUCGACAGCGAUGUGCAGAAUUUAUGAAUGCUUGCUCCUCCCAUAGUAUAGGACAUUCCGAUAAGAUCUUCGAGACCGCAAUUCUUGGAUGCACGUUAGACGAUCAAAAAAGAGUCAAGAAAAGAUUGCAGGGAUUGCUCGAUUAUAUCGAUAAGAUGCACAUCUUAGAGAUGACACAGUAAAUAACACCAAGAGGUUCCUCGGCAAAUUAAAUUUGUCUGAAUUUCCAUACGAGUCUUAAAUGACGAAUCUUUUCGACGGUCUAGCGCUGUUUAGCGAAUUAAGAGACAAUUGGGAAAGAUAUAUUCUUUACAUCUUUUCUGCGCGGCUGAGUUUCCAUUUUCCUUCCAUAUUGCAAAUAGCUACUUCAAAUGGAACGCUUGGCUGUGUACAGAAUGCAACAACAUGUGAUUGAUUGGAUUUAAUCUUAUAGUGACGCGAUAUCGAUUCUCGGCGUUUAUACAAUUCCUAAGCAUAUUUUAAGACACUUGGCAUUUCAGCAACUUAGAAAAAUAAAAAAAGAGUUAAAAAAGCAUUCGAUAGACAUUUUUCAAAUCUGUACGUUUAAAAUAAAGAGGAAUUUCUAGAGGAUGUGUACAACUGCA